AUGGCAUCCCUACCUAUUUUGACUCACGAAUACAUUCUCUUAAAUCCUUCAAAUGAAAAAAUAAAUAAUAAUGUUUCUAUUUCUGAAUAUCUUUUUAAAGAAAUGGAAAAAUAUGGAAACACUCCAGCAUUGGUACAUUCUCUUUUCGAUCAAAAAAUUUCUUAUCAACAAAUAAUGAAAGAUUCUUUUGCAAUUGCUGCCGCAUUGAAAUCUAAAGGAAUAAAAUCGGGAGAUGUUGUAGGAAUUUGUAGUGAAAACAAUUUAGAAUAUGCUUCUGUAAUAUUAGGAAUUUUGAUUAUUGGAGCAACUUGUGCUCCUAUAAAUCCACUUUAUACUAUAAGUGAAUUAAAACAUACUUUGAGCAUUUCAAGGCCAGUUAUUAUAUUUUGCUCACAUUUUAGCAUUCACAAUAUUGAAGAAACUACAUUGGAAUUACCUUUUGUUAAAGAGCUUAUUUUAUUUAAUAAUAAUAGUGAUGCUGAGAGUAAAUUUACUACUUAUGAAAGCCUAAUAAAUUUACACAAGAAUUCAAAACCUUUAACUGUUGAAAAUAUUAAUCCUACAGAAUCGGUAGCAUUUUUAUUAUGUUCAAGUGGUACCACGGGAUUGCCAAAAUGUGUAGAAUUAACUCAUGCUAAUUACAUGAACUUACUCAAUUUUGUAAGAUUAUUAUGGACCAACGAUGAUUCUGGACCGAAUAAAGUUACAUUAGGACUCAUACCAUUUUUUCACGGCUAUGGUUGUUGUAUUUUGUUGAUUAGUUUGAUGUUGAAAGUUUAUCUCGUGGUAAUGCCAAGAUUUGAUGAAAUGAAUUUUUUAGAAGCAAUUCAAAAUUACAAGGUUACGAAUUUGUACGUCGUGCCACCGAUUCUUGUUUUUUUAAGCAAACAUCCUCUUGUUCAAAAAUAUAAUUUGUCAAGUAUUCGUAAAUUAACAUGUGGAGCAGCUCCUCUAAGUAAAGAAACUCAAGAAAAUGCUCAAAAAAGGCUCAAUUUAAAUUUUGAAAUUCAACAAGGUUACGGCAUGACGGAAUUAUCUGUUUGUUGUGUGGCAUUUCAAAAUAAUAUAAAUAAAAUAGGAUCUUCGGGAACCAUUGCUCCGGGAAUGAUGUUAAAAAUUGUUGAUAUUGAAACAGGAAAGGCUCUCCCUCCCUAUAAUCAAGGAGAAUUAUGUUUUAAAGGACCAUUUGUUAUGAAAGGAUAUAGAAAUAAUCCAAUUGAAACAGAAAAAGUUUUUGAUUCUCAAGGUUGGUUUCAUACCGGUGAUAUAGGAUACAUUGAUAAUGAAGGGUUUAUUUACAUAGUAAGCAGAUUAAAGGAACUUAUUAAAUAUAAAGGAUUCCAGGUAUCACCGACGGAACUAGAAACAGUUUUACUAAGUCAUCCCGGAGUCAAGGAAGCAGGAGUUAUAGGAAUUCCAGAUGAAGAAGCUGGAGAACUUCCAUUAGCAUUUAUUGUAAAGCAACCAGGGGCUAACAUAACAGAAGAUGAAAUUAAAAAAUAUGUUGCUGGUAAAGUAUCCCCUCAAAAGAAAUUGCACGGCGGUGUUCGAUUUAUUCCAGAAAUACCAAAAAAUCCAAGUGGGAAAAUAUUAAGAAGAGAACUUCAAGCCAUGAAUUUAAGACUUUGGGAGAUGCUAUAUUGCAAUGUCUGA